UUCAGCUAAGACUUCGUUUACACGAGUUAUAUAUCCACAGCUUAGCUACUGUAUCAUGUAACUUCUUCUUCUUCUUCUUCUCUCUUGUUCUUGUUCUUGUUCUUGUUAUUGUCUGAUAUUCGUUCCUAAUGGGAGACGACCAGUUUAAGCUCCCUCCUGGUUUCCGAUUUGACCCGACCGACGAAGAACUUGUAGUCCAUUUCCUUCAACGUAAGGCAGCUCUCUUACCUUUCCAUCCCGAUGUCAUUCCCGAUCUCCAUCUCUACCCAUAUGAUCCAUGGGAAUUAAAUGGUAAGGCUUUGAGUGAGGGCAAGCAGUGGUACUUCUACAGCAGGAGGGCACAGAAUCGGGUCACGAAUAAUGGGUACUGGAAAACAUUAGGCAUUGAAGAACCUAUCUUUUCAAGCUCAUCUUCUAAUCCUACCAAGAAAGUUGGGAUGAAAAAAUAUUUGACGUUUUUCGUUGGAGAAGCUCCAAAUUCAGGCAUCAAAACUAAUUGGACAAUGCACGAGUAUCGUCUCUCUUCGUCAGCCUCAGAUUGUGCUUCUUCUUCCACCACCACGACCACCAGCAGAUCAUCCAAAAGAAGAGGGCAAUCCAAUACAGUUAGUAAUGAAUACAGUGGAUACGUUCUGUGUAAAGUCUACGAGCGUGAGGAUGAUGAUGAUGAUGGGACAGAGCUUUCGUGCCUGGACGAAGUGUUCUUAUCUUUGGAUGAUCUUGAUGAAAUAAGUUUGCCAAAUUAUAAUUAGAGUAAUUAAGAGAACUGAUCAAGGGGAAAAUUAAAGGACAGAGAGGGACCUAACUAGUGCUCUAUUAUUAACAAUUAGCUUUAUCCAAUUGUAUAAUUUCAUUACUGCAGGUUGUAGCUAGAUUAAUGUUGUAAAAAAUUCCAUUAUUUAAACUCCAAGUGGGCUUUACUUAUUUAUCUAGCGAAU